AGAAGCGCUCGAGUUUACACCAAUCAACAGCGGUCAGCAAGCAUGUUCCCGACCGCCGAGCUCUCGACGGACGGCCUCGAGUUCCACGUCCACUUUGACCAUGCACCGGACGCUGGCAGGCUCCGCAGCAUGGCGGCCGAGGUCGCCGCCUUCGUGGGCGACUACAUCUGGCAGAAGGAGCCUCUGUGCCUGGAAGCGCCCAUGACUACGUGGACCUCGGCGACGACGCUGCUUGGCAAGAUGUAUGUUGGCGACAACGUCGAGGACGAAUGGGUCGCGACCGCCGCCUUGCUGUCGCUGACGAAGACGCACGCCGAUAUGACGCUGCAGGUCGCCGACGCCGACGGUCAGUUCCUCCUCAUCGAAGCGGCCGAAGCGCUGCCCAUGUGGGUGACGCCCGAGAACUCCAACAACCGCGUCUUCCUGCGGCAUGGCCGCGUCUAUCUCAUCACGGACGACGUCGAGAAAGGCCACUUGGACCUCGCCGUCGCGCUGAAGUCGCUCACGACGACGCCGUCCAAGUACGAAGCGCCGAGAGACGCCCAGCGUAUCCUUGGCGACCGACUCGAACAAGCGCGGACCCACUCGAUGCAGCGAAGCAUCAAUCGACACACCGUCCAGUGUCGCGUGCCGACGUCAGCCGCCAUCGUUCUCCAAGAGACACCCCGCGCCCUGGCCUACGCCGUCGAAGCCUUCUACUACCGCGAGCCCACCGAGGCAACGCGGCUCUGUCGCCACAUGCAGCGCUUCUCGCCGAUAGCAAUGACGUCCGUCAUGGUACCCUUCUCUCGGUGCAUGUUUGCGCAGCUCAAGCAGCAGCCAUUUGCGGCGCCCAAGCCGUUUGGCAACCUCGACGAAGCCGACGACGCAGCGAUCCUUGGCAUGAAGCUCACGUGCGGCCUCGAGCUUUUGUACGCAAGCAGCACGAAAGACCAUACCGGUGCUCUGUGGACAUCGCGCAUCGACGCCGCCGCCACCGCACCACUCCAACCAGCGCCGCUUGCGCCCAACGACGACGACGCGUGGCUGUACGUGGCGCCCGAGAGUCUCGAAGAGACGCUGCGCAAGGCCGAGUCCCGCGUGCAAGACGGCAACGCAGACGAGCUGCAGGACAUGGCCUCGAUGUUUCACUCGUUCGUCAAGGAGGCGUCCGAGUACGACGGUGUCGACAUGUCGGCCCACACGCUUCCGCCCGUGAGCCUGGACAUGGAUGCGCUCAUGGCGAUUCUCAACCAGACCGCCGCGACGCCGUCCGAGAAGCCGCACGCGUCCGACGACAAUGACGCAUAUUUCUUCUCGAGCGACGACGACGACAGUGACGACGAGGACGAGGAAGACCAAGACGAUGCCGCCAUGGACCAUCUCAUGGAGCAGCUCAUGGACGAGAUGGACAUGGAGCUCACCGACUCCAAGAUGGGCAAGAGCUUCCAGACGACGACGACGACGCGCAGUGGUGUGACCGACGACGCGGCGGACCUUGCACCCGUCAACCUCGACUUGAACCUCGUGUCGAACCUGCUCGAGUCGCUCACGUCGCAGGAAGGCCAAGCCGGGCCCGUCUCCAACAUGCUUCAUGACAUGGGAUUCCGGUCGUAGCAACAUGUAAGUGAUUUGAUUACGGAACGC